ACUACGUCCUUUUCCUCUUUCUUCUCCUUUUCAAAAAGCACCAUUCUCUAAACCAAAACCUAAAACUAUUCCCAUAGAUUCUCCUUCAUCUUCUCUCUUUGCUGCUGGAAGAAUCUUUCAAGGAUGUGCAAGUUUUAUUAGCUUAAAUCUUCAGUCCUCUCUGCUUCAGUUGUGCGAGCGCUGGGUUUUAUUCGAACUGAUAGAGGAGUAAAAUAUUUGCAGCUGCAUUUUCCUUUGGUUGAAUUUGGUCAUUGAUAGAUGGAGACUUGUUGCGGGAAAGAAUGUAAACGUGGGUGGGGAUAGUUUGAAUUUAGUUGAAAGUUGGUGUUAGGUGAGGCGGCUCUUAUGAGCAAGAAUAAACAGUUGGUGUUGGAACUUUCUGAAAUCGGAAGUGGUUGAUGGCCAAACUUUGGUGGAAUUUACUGCAUGUUGAUGAUGUGCAUUCUCCCCUCCUAAGAAAGUCAUUAAUGGGAUUUUGGAUUUCUGAAAGUCUGCCUUAAUGUUUUGGAGAUAAUUUCAAUUGAUCAGUGGCUUCACAUACUUGUUGACGGGAACGGAGAUAAAAAAUGACAAGGAUAAGUCCUGAAAUUGAAGAGAAAAUGGAGAUAGAAUCAGUUCUGGCUGUUUCAUCUGAUGUGAGCUUUGCAUCUCAUUGUUUUCCAAAAUAUAAAAUAGGACCUGAGAAUCAGAUUUUAGAGGAGCCAAAAGAGGAUAACAAGGGUCCAUCUCUGAAGGAGGUUGUUGAAAGGGAAACUGUCCAAUUAUCUGAGCAGCACAAACGGCUAUCAGUUCGUGACCUUGCUAGUAAAUUUGACAAGAACUUAGCUGCUGCGGCUAAGUUGGCUGAUGAGGCAAAACUUAGAGAGGCGGCUUCUUUGGAGGGACAUGUCCUUUUGAAAAAACUGAGAGAUGCCUUGGAAGCUCUCAGAGGUCAGAUGGCAGGCCAAAACAAGGACGAUGUAGAGAAGGCUAUCUCCAUGGUGGAGGCCUUAGCAGUCAAAUUGACCCAAAAGGAAGGAGAGUUGAUUCAAGAAAAGUUUGAAGUGAAAAAACUAGCAAACUUUCUCAAACAGGCAUCUGAAGAUGCUAAAAAGUUGGUCAAUCAAGAAAGAUCUUUUGCAUGUGCUGAAAUUGAAAGUGCGAGGGCUGUAGUGCAACGAUUUGGAGAGGCCCUUGAUGAGCAAGAAAGAAAUACGGAAAAUUCCAAGACACAGGAGGUGGAGGGGUUAAUAGAGGAGGUUCAAGAGGCUAGAAGAAUUAAAUUAUUGCAUCAGCCAACCAAGGUGAUGGAUAUGGAACAUGAACUUCGUGCUCUAAGAACUCUAAUUCGAGAGAAGUCUAUAUUUUCCGUGAAGCUACAGAAAGAGCUGGCAAUGAGCAAGAGGGCUGAGGAGAAGAAAUAUUGUUUAUAUGUUCUUGAGGGUUCUGAAACUCUAGGUUCAUGCCUAACCCUCAAGCCAUGCUCUAAUAAUGCUCUGCAGCUUUCCAAAUGUUCAAUUCAAUGGUAUCGAGUAUCAUCUGAUGGUGAUCGAAGGGAUAAAAUUUUAGGUGCCAACAAAUUAACGUAUGCUCCAGAACCUCUUGAUGUUGGUCAAGUUUUGGAGGCUGAUGUUAUCUCAAAUGGUCAGAAAGCCACAGUUUCGACUGCUGGUCCUAUUGAAUCUGCUGCAGGAUUGGGAAGCUAUGUGGAGACACUUUUGCGAAAAUCCAGUAGUGAAUUCAAUGUUGUCAUUUCCCAGAUGAAUGGACAAGAUCAUUCAUCACACUCUACCCAUGUUUUUAAUGUGGGAAAAAUGAGAAUAAAACUCUGUAGGGGAUGGAUCACUAAGUCUAGAGAAAUCUAUUCCACAUCUAUGCAGAGUCCCCGUUUUUUGCUGUCUAGUGCAGAAAAGGGGACCAUUGGAUGGUGAAACUGCACCAUAUU